AGUUUUGCUUAGACGAUGUUGAUUUAUUUGUUUACUUAAAAUUUGGCGUGUAAUUAUUUUUGUUUCAAAACACCUAUAUAUACUUGUAUCUCCAUGCUUAUAUCAUGAUCGGUCAUCCAGCUCCAAGAAUGGAACCUCGAAAGUUCACAAUUGCAGUCGACUCCGAUCACAAAGCCACUGAAUUCCGGUUAUUUUCCCUCUCCUCGCCUCAUAUGCGCGCUUUCCACCUCGCAUGGCUCUCUCUUUUCUCUUGUUUCUUCUCAACUUUCGCCAUCCCUCCCCUGCUUCCCAUCAUCCGUGAAGACCUUCAUCUUUCCCCAUCCGAUGUUGGAACCGCUGGAAUAGCCGCCUUUGCGGGGUCCAUCAUCUCCCGUCUCGCUAUGGGACCCGCAUGUGACAUCUUUGGCCCACGACUUGCUUCGGCCACCUUGUCUCUUGUCACUGCUCCCAUCCUUCUCUCGGCCGCGUUCGUUUCCUCUCCACUAUCGUUCAUCUUUCUUCGUUUCUUUGUUGGAUUCUCACUUGCUAACUUUGUAGCUAACCAAUUCUGGAUGAGCUCCAUGUUUUCCGGCUGCACCGUUGGACUAGCCAACGGCGUAGCUGCUGGGUGGGCCAAUGUUGGUUCUGGCCUCACUCAGCUAGUAAUGCCAAUUAUCUAUUCUAUAUUAAACACUGAUUUUAACUUAACACAGUCUGCCAGCUGGCGGACUGCAUUUGUAGUUCCUGCCCUUUUUCAAGCCAUAAUGGCUCUUAUGGUCCUGGCCUAUGGUCAGGACCUACCUGAUGGCAGCUAUAGAAAACGUGAAAAAGAUUCCAAAGAUAGCGGGGUAAAAGUGUUCCUCAAUGGGAUAACAAACUAUAGAGGAUGGGUUUUGGGCUUAACAUACGGAUACUGCUUCGGAGUGGAGCUUACAAUGGACAAUAUAAUCGCGGAGUAUUUUUACGACAGAUUUGGAGUGAACUUGGGGACGGCAGGGGUCAUAGCAGCUAGUUUCGGGUUUACAAAUUGGGUAUCGCGUCCCAGCGGUGGUGUAGUAUCGGACAAGUUAGGAAAGAGGUUUGGGGUGAAAGGGAGGUUGUGGGGUUUGUGGGUGGUGCAAACGGUGGCCGGUUUGUUGUGUGUAUGGUUGGGUCGAGUUAACACGAUGUGGGGUUCAAUUGCAGUGAUGUGUGCAUUUUCGUUUUUUGUUCAAGCUGCUUCUGGCCUUACAUUUGGAGUCGUUCCAUUUGUUUCCAAAAGAUCAAUGGGAGUGAUAUCAGGAAUGACAGGGAGUGGAGGGACAGUUGGGGCAGUGGUGACACAAUUGCUAUUGUUUUCAGGCUCCAAUAAUAUCUCUACACAAACUGGGAUUUCACUUAUGGGUGUUAUGAUGAUACUAUCUACACUUUCACUUACCACCAUUUACUUCCCUCAAUGGGGUGGCAUGUUUUGUAACCCUGCUUCCUUAGAUGACCAAGAUUACCAACUCCUUGCUUAAGUUAUACAAAACCAGCAACAAAGGGUGUAGUCAAUAUGAUAUAUCGAACCAAGCAAUAAACGUUGUACAGUUUUCAUAGAUACGUACACUAUUGUAGGUUUUAUGUUCAAAUUAUAUAAAUUAGCUAGGUUCGUUUUGUAUAUAAGUGGAUGUUGUAUUUGUAGUACUUGAUCAAUCAAAAGACAAGUGUUUUUUUGUUCCAA